CACCUCUCCCACCCAUCUCUAGCUGUCAGUUAAACAAAAAUUACUUCUUUAUUAGUACCCUGCGGACCAGCGUAACAAAAUCUCUAAAUCCCCCGUCCAGUCUCCAGCAAGAAGGAUCUCUCUCCCGAUGGCCUCCAUCGUUCUUUCCUCGUGCUGCGUUUGGCCCAAACCCUCGCUUCCAAACCCUAAGUGGACGGCCGGAAACCGGCGCCGAUGCGGAGCUCUUGCUCUAAGAGUUGGACCGCGUGGUUCUGAGGUGCCGGUUGGCCGGGCCUACCCUGUCGUCUUCCGGAAUCUCGAUGCCGAUGACUUCCGGCAUCCCCUCGACAAGCAGAAUACGUUACUUCUGAGGGCAAUUCCUGGGUUAAAUGAACUUGGCAAGGCUUUAUUAGGACCAGUUGCAGAGCAGGUUAUGCUUCUUGAGAAUAUAGGAACAUCAGUACUUGUUUCUGAAAAUCAGCUUUCCAAUCUUCAUCAGUUAAUGGUCGAGGCUGCCAAAGUACUGAAUACAGAGGCUCCUGAUCUGUAUGUUCGCCAGAAUCCUGCUCCAAAUGCAUACACUUUGGCGAUCAGUGGCAGAAAACCAUUCAUAGUUGUCCAUACAAGCCUUGUGGAGCUUCUUUCCAGAAGAGAACUGCAGGCUGUUUUGGCUCAUGAGUUGGGUCACUUGAAAUGCGACCAUGGCGUGUGGCUUACAUUUGCAAAUAUACUAACACUGGGAGCUUACAGUGUACCUGGGCUUGGUGGGUUGAUUGCUCAAAGUUUGGAGGAGCAGCUGUAUAGGUGGCUUCGAGCUGCUGAGCUAACAUGUGAUAGGGCAGCUCUUCUUGUUGCUCAAGAUCCCAAGGUAGUCAUCUCUGUUUUAAUGAAACUGGCUGGAGGGUGUCCAUCCCUUUCUGACCACCUGAAUGUUGAUGCCUUCUUGGAGCAAGCUCGAUCGUAUGACAAGGCUGCUUCAAGUCCAGUUGGAUGGUAUAUCAGGAAUGCUCAAAUGAGGCAGUUAUCCCACCCUUUGCCCGUUCUUCGUGCCCGUGAGAUUGACGAAUGGUCGAGGAGUCAGGAGUACAAAUCGCUUCUGAAACGAGCAAUCCAAGCAGAAGUUGCUCAGAAAGUAUAGUGAUCUCCUUUGCUAUAUGAGGAUGUAGAUCAAUGGUAGCAUAAUAGAAUACAUGGUCAGGAAAUUACUGUAUAUACACCACAAGAAAUACUUAUGAAAGAGGGGACUUUUGAAUUUAGAAGUAUUAUUCUAUUUAGGUGAACAAUAUGAAAGUUAAGUGAUUAUUAUGUAAAUUCUUGUAAUCUUAUUCCUAAAUCAGACCCAAACUCCUGCCCUGUAAGGCUCCACAAGGUUGGCAUUCCAUGUUAUAUCCACUACCAAUCUUAAUAAAGUAGACUGCCUUACUUAAAUUAAUUAUUUUUUUUUAAAGAAACAAAAGAAGUGUGUAUCCCAGAUCUUAUGUAUUCAUCCUUAUUUUUAGUAUUGCUUGAAAAAGGAAAGGUUUUUUAUA